GUCAGACAUUUUUUUUUGUUUUACGGCAGAUGAGAGUUACACGUGGUGAUUGGUGAUCAUUAGGAGACUGCAGCGAACAGGCGAGCAAGUAUGAAGAGACCGAAGUUAAAGAAAGCAAGCAAGCGUCUGACAUGCUCCAAACGUUAUAAAAUACAGAAAAAGGUCCGUGAACACAACAAGAAGCUCAGAAAAGAAGCAAAAAAGCAAAAGGUACGCAAAGUGAAGAAAGACCCGGGAAUACCCAAUGCCGCUCCAUUUAAAGAAGAGAUCCUCAGAGAAGCAGAGCACAGAAAGCUACAGCUUGAGGAACUUAAAGAAAAACAGAAGCUCACCAAACAGAAGGAACGUGCAAAGAAAAGAAAACUUGAAGCUGAAAAAAACGACCCAGCGACUAAGGCUAAAAAAGCUAAAAAGGAACAGACUGUCAAGAAACAGCUGAAGUCUACCAGCAAUAAAGAUAAAAAUUCAAAAACAUUAUUCUGCAGUGAAUUGAAAAAGGUCAUUGAGGCCUCGGAUGUCAUCCUUGAGGUCCUGGACGCCAGGGACCCUCUUGGUUGUCGCUGUCUACAGGUGGAAGAGACCAUCUUGAACUUGGAAGGAAAAAAGCAACUCAUUUUGGUAUUAAAUAAAAUUGAUUUGGUGCCCAAGGACAAUGUGGAGAAAUGGCUGAAGUAUCUUCAGAAUGAAUUUCCAACUGUGGCCUUCAAAGCAUCGACACAGCUUCAGGACAAAACCGUGCAACAGAAGAAGCGUAGAGCUGCAAGUGGAGCUGUUGAUUUAACUAAAGGUGUGACCUGUCUCGGGAGCGAUUUCCUCUUGCAGCUCCUGGGAGACUUCUACCGGUCUCGAGGGACAGACGAUGCCAUCAAGGUUGGAGUUGUGGGCUUUCCAAAUGUGGGGAAAAGUAGCUUAAUAAACAGUAUGAAAAAAAUGAGAGCUUGUCAUGUGGGGAUAUCAAGAUGUACUACAAGGUGUAUGCAGCUGGUGCACAUUGAUAAGAGUGUGAAGAUGCUCGACAGCCCCGGUAUCAUAGCGGGUUCAUUAAACUCUGCAGUUUCUUUGGCUUUAAGAAGUGCAUCAGAGAUGGAGGAGUUAGUAAACCCGCUAGAGGCAGUCAAUGCCCUACUGAAACACUGCAAUAAGCAGCAGGUAAUGCUGCAGUAUAAUAUUCCUAACUACAGAAAUUCCCUGGAGUUUUUAACACUGUUUGCCAUGAAACGGGGUUGCCUGAAAAAAGGUGGUGUUCCUGACACACAGAAAGCUGCAGAGACCCUGUUGAAUGACUGGACUGGGGCUAAAGUGAGCUACCAUUCGAAGCCCCCUGAGCAACACAAAUUUCCCUCUCACCUCUCUGAAACUGCUGUAGCAGAAAGGCUGAAGGAGUGGGGGACGGAAAAGCUUGAACAAGGCAACUUGAACACCAUCAAAAAUGUGAAGUGUCCCAACAUGGCAAGCAGCAUCGUGUUCCAUUCCACAGGCCCAACUGAUGGAGUUCUGGACGAGGGAGUGGUGAAGGAGCCAGAUGAAGGGCAAGAUGAAGAUGAAGAGGUGGAGAUUGGUAGUGAGGAGGAAGAGGAAGAGGAGCUGGAGCUGGAUGAAAUCAAACCCAAAGUCAAGAAGGUCUUGCCAGUUGACAAAGCAUCAAAUGGUAAAUCAGAAGAAAAGACAACUGGGGCGCAGUCAACACUGCAGUCACAGGUGGUACCCGUUAGCAUAGACUUUUCUUCAUCCAAGAAAGAUGAUGAUGCAUAUGACUUUAACACGGACUUCAAUUAAAAUGAGCGUUUACCAGAGAGCUUCCUUCAUGGGAGGCAAACGCUGGUGAAACAACCAACUGUCUUACUGAGUAAGACUGAACUGCAGCACAUGUAUUUGUUGUAAUCUGAAUUUGUCACAAGCCCCAACAACAAAGGACUGUAAAUCUGAUGUGUAAAUCACUGUACAUACCCUUGAAGAUGCAAAGCCAAUGGAAUGUCAAGUUUUCUUGUUGUUUUACUGAAAAAUGACAGUGUGUUAAAAUUGUUUUUUAAAUCCAGCAUGGUAACAUUAGUCGUGACAAAUGCGUGGUCACCUUAUUCUACAUUGUUUCAUGUAAAAACUACCUAUUUUGUAAUACCGUAUUGUGCCAGUGUAACUUCAUUGCACAGAAAUUAAAGGAACUGUUCAUGUUGGAGAUAAUGUUUUGUUCAUUUCAUUAUAAAAAAAUACCGAAUGCAGCUCUAGAAAAGGAAACCCAGUUUGACAACUGUAAGUAAGUGAAAGUGCUGAUUGUGUAUAGAACAACAGUAAUAAGAAAAGUGUCAGUAAAAAAUAUUAAUACUGGUUUAACUAUUGUAAUGAAUACUGCCGCAGGACAAAUUAAGAUUUAACUCAAAUUUUCAACAGCUGAUAUAUAAAAAUAAGUUACACAAAAGAAAGAAUAGUGGCAGCAUUUUGUCAGAUUUCUUGCUACUUUUGCAUUAUUUUCAUAAUCAAUUGAGGGAGAGGGGAGCCCCCUGCCCCCUAUACACAGAAUUGGUACAGACUUAAUCUGUUAUUCUCUUUGUGUUUGUUUAAUUUUAAGAUAAUUUAACACUACAUUUUGCAUAAAACAGUAAGAAAAUGUCAUGCAUUGUUUUAUUGGGUAAAAUAAAGAGUCAAAAAUGUACUUUUUAAUAAAAACCUGGCUGGUAA